GCCAAUAAUAAUGUCAUGAAUCCAGAACCUUUGACGAUAAUACCUCAAAAUCAAGAACAAAACUUAGGAGCUGGAUCAAGAAAUGAACAUCAGCAAAUAGUCUCUGAACCCCAACAAAAUCCACAGGAAAUCCUCUUGAAUUUUCAGAGAAACCUCAAUAUCUCCAACGACAAUAAUUUCAACUUCAAUACUGAUCCUAACAAUGUGCCAUUUUCAACUUUCGCUUCAUCGUCCGAUAUCAAGUCUGAUCAAGAUUACAGCUUUGUGCCUAAUUCCAUUAUUCAAAGCAACAACUUUGUGGAGAGUUUUUCCCCAUCCUACAAUUUUGGGAUGUCUUCUAAUUCUGAAAUGAACAAUUUUGGAGGGAAGCAAAAUGGUUCAAAUGACUACCAAUUUAACUCAAUGGGAUAUGAAUCAAACUUCCCAUUUGAUUAUCAGGGGUUCUCUUCCUAAUCCUACCAAAUGUUCCAAAAGGAAGUAACUUAACCAAGAUGAUGAGCUGCUGUUAACCACUAAAACCAGGGAUUAACGAGCUGGUGAAGCUGAGCCAAGGACAAUUUUGCACUAUUUCUUUUAUCAAACAUUGCAUUAGGAUUGAGCAUGCUAGUUUAAUUUAACCAAUUUCUAUUAAUAGUAUCUCUUUUGUUCUCA